UGAACGCGAGGACGGACGUUCGAGGAGCGCUGGAACCGCGGCGCAAAGUCCGAAGUUGGUCGCGAGACGAGUUCAAGGUGUGGGAGAGAGAGAGAGAGAGAGAGCCGCUUUAAGCCGAGCCAACAAAUUUUUGCCCCGACGAGAAGUUCGUCGCGAGACAAUAUCAUUGACCGUAGCCGCGCGCGAAGAUGGCGAUUAGACGUCUCUGACUAAUUGACCCGGCGACGCUCCGCCCUGUAUCUAAUGUAUUGUUCCGACGUUGUUAGCGGAGGUAGCUUUAAGGUUAUCCGAGGCGCGCGUCGAAACGGGAUUCCCCCGGCACGACCGUUCGGAGAGAUACUUCCUGACGGCGGAGCAGCUGCGACGCAGGCGGGCGGGCGGGCGCACGUGUUCCGCGCACGCAUUCAUCGUCCGGUGGGUUUAUUCUCGGCCACUGCGGUGAGUGUGUCAAAGGGCAAGGCUAGGCGGCGAGAGAAGCGUUUCUGGGAGCUCUGCCAGUUGGCUCUCGACCGCGCUGCGUGACGGACAGCGCGAACAGCCGGUCCGACGCCACCUCGAGUCGCAACGCUCUCGGAAACUGCGCUCUCCCGUGACGCCGGCAACGUCGACGACAUCUCGGUGCUGGAGCCUCCUCGUCCCUUCUCGUUCGUCUCUCGCGAGACAGCCGUAGCGCCAUGAGUAUCCCGGAGGGUGUGACAAAGUGCGCGGCCAUCCUGAAGGCGGUGGACACGGACUCGGAAAAGUUCGCCGCGCUGUUCAUGGUGACGAAGCUGGUGAACGGCAAGGAUUGCGACGCCGCCGCCAAGAGGAUGCUCUUUGAGGCCAUCGGGGCCCGGUUCCUCAAGAAGCUGCUGUCCAGCGCGAGCGUACCCGUCGACUGCCCGCCGCAGGUGUACAAGUCGGUGGCGUUGUCCGUUCUCUCGGCGUUCUGCAGCGAACCCGAAUUGGCCUCCCAUCCCGACAUGGUGGAGCACAUCCCGGCGCUGCUGGAGAUAGUGUCACAGAUUGACGAGGAUGCGCCGGACGACAUGCUGAUCAUCGUCAGCGAAGCCUUCACCUGCCUGCAGUGCAUCGCGCAACAUCCACCCGGACAGAAAGCGCUACUGGAGCAGAAGGCGAUUCCGAAGAUGUGCGACAUAUACGCGGAAAAGACCUUCCAGACGGACGAGGCCUUGAACAUUCUAGUCACGUUGGUCGGCACGUUUGGACCAGAAGCUUGGAGUCCGACGGACACCGCUCCCUUCCACGCUAUAAUCAACAAGAUUGCCUUAGAUUUUGAGACCGAUCACACGGAGAGAAAGUUCGAGGUGUCCGCCAUCCUGCAGGCUCUACUGCAAUCCUGCAGGAAGGAAGUGAUAUCAGCGAGCGCAAAGGAGGAGUCCUGGCCGUUGAGCAUUCACAAGGGCCUGAGCGAUAUUCUGGGAUCGAAGAUAGGCAAGAAGCAACGGGACCCGGCCCUGAAACUCGCGUCGGUGAUGAUAGAUUUGUUGGGCGCGGACUGGGCCAUGUCCGACAAGGAAAAGCCAAAGAUAUUCUUCCUCCUGCUCAUUCAGCUGGCGUCGAUCGAGGUCAGGAUGCAGUUGGAGGACAAGCAGCUUAAGACUGUGCUCGAGAACGCCGACUUGGUCACGGCUUGCUUCAUCAUUCUCGAGAUCUCGAUCGGCUACAUCGUUACGGACCAGCUGGAGCUGGAGCAGAAGGAAAAGCAGUCGCUGUACACGGCGCUGAAGGGCGCCUUCGCGGCUGUCAUCGGUCUGCUGAGCUCCGUGUCCAAGAUGAAAACGUUGACGGACGUGAGGGAGAAGAUGUUCAUGUGCGCCGUCGUCAGGGUGCUCGCGGCAUGGAUGGCGCAGGAGACGAGCGCGAUGCGUCCUCAGGUCUACGCGGUGCUGCCGUACGUAUUGACGGUGGCUAACAAUACUUUUUACGCGCAUCGAAACAGGAAACUGGCCGAGAAAGCCAAGUGCAGGGCUAAGGCGGACGAGGGGACGUCGUCCGGCGAACCGACCGUUCACGACCCGAUAAGCGAGGUCGACGUACUCAGAUUACUGUUGCCUGCUCUGUGCUACUUGGCUGUGGAAGAGGCCGCCAGGAAAAUCCUUCUUCAGCAUAAGCAGGACGAGGUCCUGUUCGAGUGUCUGUCCUAUCAUUGGACCAUCGUGGACUACAAGAAGCCGCCGGUGCCGAGGUCGGAGCGUCUCAAGCUUCUGCAAGACGGCAACCGCACGGAGGAGCUGGAUUUGCACAUACUGGAGGAAAUGAAGGACUCGAGGGCCGCGAUGGUGUCCCUCUGUAACGUCUUGAUGAACAUCACCGUGCUGGAGGCGAAACUGGUCGAGGAGUCGCCGACGUUUGUCUCGCUGCUCAAGUUCAUCUACAACAAUCUGCCGGUGCUAAAGCAGAUCCCGGAGAACCUGGUGCUGCACGGCCAUCUGGCGGUCCUAGGCCUGUUGCUGAUGAAGCAGCAGGCGAAACGCAUCAAGAAGACCGACUUCUCGAUAUGCCUUUACAUUCAGGCCACCAUAAGAUUCCUGUGGGACGCGUACAUUAUCGACGAGAGCAACGAUCCCACCGAGCUGGUGGUCGCCAUAUCUUACAAGGAACACUGGAUGGAGCUGAUGGAGCUCUGGUUCCUGGGGAUGCAGACGAUGACCGGCGUGCUGCAAGUGAUACCCUGGUUAUCGCAGUUUAUGAUAGAAUCCGGCUGGGCCGAGGAGAUCAUCGAGACGCUGAAGCGAGUGAAGAUCGGCGGUCUGGAGCAGAACGUCAAAUCCGCCUUCGAGGAUCUGCUGUGCCACUUGGUGAAGGCUGAUGAUAGCGUCGCGUCGGUGUUGAAAAAAUGCGGCGCGUUAACCGUCUGUCGAAAUCAUCGUAUGAUGGAGCUUGGAAAGCGUCUCUUCGGAGACUAGGACCGAGCACCGGGCGAACGUUACCGCAUUAGCUUUUCGUCUUUUGUAAUGCGCGAGCGAUGUACAAAAAUAUUCUGCGGCAUUGUAGAGGUAGCGAAAAAUGCAUUAAUCACACUAAUGUAUAAAGGGCAACUUUGUAAAGUAGCUUCUUUAGUAUUCUGCGACUUGAAUUUAUCAUUUUACGCGUCUCUUUCGUACGAUAUUCGUAAUGCGUAUGUGCGCGUAGUCCAGUGUAUAUUUAGACGGCAUCACGUCUGGAAAUAGUUUCCUGGCAAGCAGGAAAGCUAAGAAAUGUAUCGCUCGAAGAAACUCUUCGUAAAUCACGUAUACAGAGGUACAUUACUUGUUCUUACACGAGACUUUAAUAUGUACAUUUCGUUUGUCUGUGAGAUAUUAUCAAGUGUGCUUUUCCUUACUUCGCUACGUCGCGGAAGCGAAGAUUGUUGUAUUGUAACGUUACAUUUAAUCUUAAGAUGCUCUAAUCAAGAUUUUUGUAACGACAGAAGCACUUUCCUAUUAAAUGGAAGAAUUUUGUAA